CUGUGGACUGAGGCCAACUGCAAGAUGGCGACCUCUCAGAAACUCACUGAACAUUACUUAACCUGUGUCAUAUGCUCUGAUGUCUUCACUAAUCCCUGUACACUUGUGUGUAACCACACCUUCUGUCGGAAAUGUGUCGUCAACUACACCAAGACCAGACCAGAAGCCAUCAGUGCCAAGUCCCUCCUCUGUCCAUUCUGCAACAAGAUGACGAAAGUGUCCGCCCCUGAGAGACCAGUGGAGGAGUGGGCGGAUGACGUCAAACCUUGCUUUGUCAUCCAGGGACUCUUGGACUCAUUUGGUCCAGGAUCUAAAGAUACAACCAACUGCAGCUAUUGUAAAGUGGAAGGGGAGACAACUCCUGCCUCUGUUUGGUGCUAUGUGUGUGAUGAUGCACUGUGUGGAAGAUGUGUCAAAGUUCACAGUCUCAUCCCAGCUACUCGUCAUCAUGACGUCACUGACCUUUCUGGGGAGGUCAAGGUCAAACGAAGACGAACGGUCAUGUGUAAAGAACACACGGAUGAAAGCAUCAAGUUGUUGUGUAAAGAUUGCAAGAAAGCAGUUUGUCAAACCUGUUGUACAAUCUACCACAGGAAAUGUGAGUCUGUUGUCAGCUUGGGAGUGGAGAUACGGGCAAUGAAAGCAGUACUGACGCGGGCGACGGGCAAUCUGUCACGGAGAAAAGACGAAAUCAGCAAAGAGAUUGAGACAAAGAAGUCAAAGCUGGAGGACGAAACUUGUCGAUUUAAACAAAUGGAAUCAGAUAUUAACUCAGCAAAGGUCAAAGCGAUAGAACGGAUUAAACUCCGGGAAAAGGAUCUUCUUGAUCAACUGAAAGAGAUGUCAGACAAACACCUUGGACAACUGAAGGCAGAUAUUAAGUCAGGUGAUAUGUCAGUACAGAUGUACCAACAACAGGCUGAGCUGAUUGACCAGGCUCUACAAUCGGAGUGUGACAUGGAUGUGUAUGAGAUGUAUCAGGGGUGUGAGGCGGGUGAUGUGGAAGCUGUCGGAGACUCAGACCUGAAGGAGAGAGAGAGAAUAGCUAUGGUCAGACAGUACACGGACAAGCUAAGUAAAUCUCUGGACGAUCUACAGCUGGGUGAGAUAGACGUCCUGUAUGAGGGUGUGCUGGACCUGAAAACUACUCCUGUGUCACAGGGCACCACUAACGCGCUGGACCUGAAAAUGACUCCUGUGCUACAAGACACCAUUAACUUGCGGGAAAUGAAGGCUGCUCUUCCUCAGCCAAAAGACAUAGUAGGGCUUCGGGGCCAGAGAGUUACUCCUGUUUUACAAGGCACCCUUAACGUCACAAGUGAAAGGGGCAAAUGUAAGGCAGAGCCGUGGGAUGUGGUAGCGAUUGUGGUUAAUGGUAUUGACACGGUUGUAGUCACAGAUAAGUCUAACCACAGUGUGGAUUCCUUCUACACCUGGAACAAUCAACAAGGUCACAGUGAGCUCCUGCUUGGUGGAUCUCCCUAUGGUAUUACGAAGUUGACACACAACCAGGUGGCUGUCACUGUUCAAGAUGCCCAUCAGAUUGUAACAGUACAAGUCAACCCUGACCUGGUGCUGCUAUCAACCAUCAAAACCAACAAAAGGUACUGGGGCAUAACGUCCCUGACACCAUCAACACUAGCAGCUAGUUCCCAGUCUCCCUGUAUUGAUAUCCUGGAUAUGGCGGGAAAUGUCCUGAGGUCAAUCUGUCCACUCCAAGAGGGUCACGACAUCUUAAAGCGUCCCGACUUCCUCUGUACCACGAGGACAGGAAACAUCCUGGUGUCUGACAAUGGAUCCAAAUGUGUCAUGUGUUUGACUCACGAGGGAGAUGUGGUGUUCAAGUACAGCCCUACAGGAUACACAGGACUGGCGUGUCCCUAUGGUAUCACUAGUACCAGCAAAGGCGACAUCCUGGUUGCAGACCACAACAGGCAGAGAGUCAUCUAUCUGACGGAGAGAGGAAAGUUUGUAAAAGAACUACUGACAUCCCAGGACCAUAUGUGUUAUCCAUAUGGAAUGUGUACUGAUGAGAAAGGUCGGAUGUAUGUUUGUCAGAGGAAUGGUGUCAUACAGACAUUCUUGUGUGGGAACUAAACAUUGGAUCAAUGAUGGAACGUGCUUCGAGAAAUACUGUUGAGCUGUUGCGUGCGUGCGAGCGUGAGUCAGUCAGUGCGUUCGUGAGUUCGUGCGUGAGUGAGUGCGUGCGUGCGUGAGUGAGUGCUUUCGCCUGCAACAAGGUUUAUACAUAUGUUCAUAUUGUGUUUGCACAGAAUUUACACUACGUCCGCAAUUCUGUAUUGAGAGUAUUUCUUUCUGCUAAGAUAAAGUAUUUUAAAAUACAUAAAUGAUAGUUGGAGACAGAAGGGAGUAUUGGUCCAUAUAAAUGUGCUAGGUGGACAGACACACGGCGUAGGGACGUUUGCGACAGAGAACGAGUUUACUACGCCCGUUCACCUGUGCGGUAUAUAAGCAAUACACAACACAUGGUAGAAUUGGAAUUUAUUCACCUCUUGUUUGAUGUAUAUCUCAGUCUAUGAUUAUCAGCUGCACUUUCUGCGUCUCCACGAUAGACUGACUAAGAUAUGUAAUAACAACACCACGUGCACGACUGUUCGAGAGUCGCAGUGAACUAAAAAACAUUUCAGCAGACGUCCCUAAACAUAUUUUUAUUUUACUUCAGAUAUAUACUAAACAUUUUUAUAAAAUCCCUGACAUCACUACAAUAUUACUAAAAUACUUACAGAGCGGGGGACGGUGGUGUUGCCUAGUAGUUAAAACGGACGCUCGUCUUGCCGAAGGCCCGGGUUUGUUUCCUACAUGGGCACAAUGUGUAAAGCCCACGAUGUUAGCUUGCUGGAAUACUGCUGAAAGCGGCGUAAAGCCUCACUCACUCACUCACUCAGAAUUAGGGGCAGGUGUGUCACAGUUUUCUAAGAUUUGCGAAAUAUCCUAAACUUGUUUUUAUAUGUAACUGACAUUACUGAAUUAUUACUGAACUACCCACAAAGCGAGUAUAUGUGGUAUAUUAAAACCAACAACUCAACGUGUGGCUGUUUGCACCGGGUCUAACAAAUCUGGAAAAUUGGAAAAAAAAAUAAAAAAAUUCUUAUUUGAGAAGGAUGUUACCUUUCCACAUGUUAGAAAUAUUUGUUAUAACGUACAUUGUCAGGAUAAGUAUAGGACUGUGAGAUGCAGUCAGGCAAAGUGCAUGUAAUGUAUUACACAGUAAAAUAUUCAUUUUAUUACAUUUACACCGGGCAUAUAUGGUCGGAGCGUGUAUAUAAAUGCGUAUAUGUACAUACGUAGCAAAUAUCUCUUUUGAAGUAUUUCACUAAUCGAAUUCGCCAUUGUUUCUCAAUCUUUGUAAUCCGGCUUUUUUCUGGCAAUGAACAAGAUCUUUAACCCUUCUUAAGAAUAGAACCAAGUUACGUUUAUUGAUGCAAUACUGGAGAUACAGAUAUAUCUUUUCGCGGAUAAGAUAAUAUUAUUCAAGAAAUUGUAGCCAGUAUUAAUUCCCAGUAGUACUGCAACAUUCGGUGAAGAUAUCAUUGAUAUCAACUAUUCUUUUAAUAAACAAGCCUAGAUCAUUCCAAAACCUUUUCACGUGCUUACAGAAACCAAACAGAUGUUUUCUAUUCUCCGGUUCAUCCUCACAAAAAGUACACACGUUUAUGUAUAUUAUUUUCAUCUUUUGUAUUUCAUUUUAGUUUGGUGAAUAAAUUUUAUUGGAAAUCGA